AUGCAUUCUGUCGGUUUUUAUCACGAACAUGAACGUUGGGAUAGAGAUAAUUACCUAAUUAUUUUAUGGCAGAAUAUUGAUAGAGAAGCUGUAGACCAGUUUGGACGUGUCGACCUCCUCGAAAGUAGCGUGUAUGGCCAAAAAUAUGAUUACAAUUCAAUAAUGCACUAUGACAGUCUAGCCUUCAGUAGAAACGGGAGAGAGACGUUGGUGGCCAGGGAACCGGAAAUGACUAAAGUUGGGAAAGGAAAAUUUUUUUAAACGAAAAAAUUUAAGGUGAUGGGUUCAGCUACAGAUUUUAGUCAAACAGAGUAGGUUUUUGCAAUAUUUAUUUUUUAUUUCAAUUUUAGUCUGGCCAAAAUUAGAGGAAUGUAUCAAUGCGUUGUGAGUUUUUGUAAAAAAUAGAAUUUGAAAAUUUGACGUUUUGAAAUGUAGGGCAUUUUUGGAAGAUGGACAUUUUUGAAAUUAGGGUAUUUUAGGUAUUUGAC